AGAAAAAAUAAAGGAAGGUAGCAAAAGUAGCUCAACAGCCGCACUUUGAUAUCUCCGCCCCUUUCAACGGACUUCUCAAAGCCCUCUCCCUCUCUGAAAACCUCAUAAAUUUUUUUAAAAGACCUUCCAUUUAUAUAAUCUCCCUCUUCCACAACUCUCUAGCAUUUGCUCUUCUUCUUUCUUGCAAUAUGCAAUCCUCGGUAACUCUCUCGCUCUCUCAGCCAACAGCAGCCUCAACCAUUCCCAAAUCAAACUACUCGGUUAAUCACUCCCUCCCUUUCUCCCCCUCUAAGCCCAUAAAUCUCCGUUUCUGCGGUCUUAGAAGAGAAGCAUUUUCAGGCUUCUCUUCUCUCUCUCGCUCUCAAUCCCCCCAAAGUAAAAUCCAUUCUAAUAAAAUUAACAGUGCAAUCUCAGCUUCUUUAUCUGAUAAUGGAAGCGCGCCAAAGUCAUUUGAUUAUGAUUUGGUCAUUAUCGGUGCUGGUGUUGGCGGCCAUGGUGCCGCUCUUCACGCUGUUGAGAAGGGUUUGAAAACUGCUAUUAUUGAAGGAGAUGUGAUAGGGGGGACAUGUGUGAACAGAGGUUGUGUUCCUUCAAAGGCGCUUUUAGCUGUAAGUGGCCGGAUGCGUGAACUACAGAACGAGCAUCACAUGAAAGCUUUGGGUUUGCAGGUUGCAGCUGCUGGAUAUGAUAGACAAGGAGUGGCAGAUCAUGCCAAUAAUCUUGCUACAAAAAUUCGUAAUAAUUUAACGAACUCGAUGAAGGCCUUGGGCGUGGAUAUAUUGACUGGUGUUGGCUCAAUUAUGGGCCCACACAAGGUGCGAUAUGGGAAACUUGAUUCUCCAGGCAACAUUGUGACUGCUAAAGAUAUAAUCAUUGCUACUGGUUCUGUCCCUUUUGUACCCAAGGGCAUCGAAGUUGAUGGGAAGACUGUAAUCACAAGUGACCAUGCACUCAAACUGGAGUCUGUUCCCGAUUGGAUAGCAAUUGUGGGAAGUGGUUAUAUUGGUCUAGAAUUCAGUGAUGUGUAUACUGCCCUUGGAAGUGAGGUCACCUUUAUUGAAGCCCUUGAUCAGCUCAUGCCUGGAUUUGAUCCUGAGAUAGGAAAGUUGGCUCAAAGGGUCCUAAUUAAUCCACGCAAAAUUGACUACCAUACUGGAGUAUUUGCAACCAAGAUCACUCCAGCUAAGAAUGGGAAACCAGUUACCAUUGAGCUCAUUGACGCCAAGACCAAGGAACCCAAAGAUACUCUAGAGGUAGAUGCAGCAUUAAUUGCAACUGGAAGGGCUCCUUUCACAGAUGGUCUUGGCUUGGACAGUGUCCAUGUAGAAAGGAAACGCAGUUUUGUUCCUGUUGAUGAGCGAAUGCGUGUCCUUGAUUUUAAGGGGGAUCCGGUUCCUCACUUGUAUUGCAUUGGUGAUGCUAAUGGUAAAAUGAUGCUUGCUCAUGCAGCCAGUGCACAAGGAAUUUCAGUGAUUGAACAAAUCACUGGAAGGGAUCACGUGCUAAAUCAUUUGAGCAUUCCGGCAGCUUGUUUCACUCACCCUGAAAUCAGUAUGGUUGGAUUGACAGAGCCUCAAGCAAGGGAGAAAGCUGAACAGGAGGGUUUUGAAGUAAGUGUUGCCAAGACAAGUUUCAAGGCCAACACAAAGGCCUUGGCAGAAAAUGAAGGAGAGGGGCUAGCUAAGUUGAUAUACAGACCUGACAAUGGAGAGAUACUUGGCGUGCAUAUUUUUGGGUUGCAUGCUGCAGAUCUCAUCCAUGAAGCAUCCAAUGCUAUAGCUUUGGGCACUCGUAUUCAGGACAUAAAAUUUGCAGUUCAUGCACACCCAACACUAUCAGAAGUUAUUGACGAACUUUUCAAAUCAGCAAAGGUUAAAGCUCAUGCUUCAGGCCCAGUAAGUGAACCAGUUGCUGUCUAAGCAUCUCAACUGUGGAGGUAGACAAAAUUUUGAAGAAAUUUGCUUGUAUUAGGAACUAUAAAGGAGGGCACAUGCUAGAGAAAAAUCCAUGAAUUUAUUACACUGCCAGAAGAAACGUCAUCAGGAGAUGGACUGUUGCAGCCUGAAAUCAUUUAUAAGUUGCUCUGUUGUUUUAUUGUAUCCACCAUUGCCUUGGAAAGAUACUCAAGUUCAUAUAUUACUUCCAUUUUGAAACUUGUUUUGAUUAUGAUAUAUUGGACAGUUAAUAAUCUACUCCAUUAAAAAAUGCCAGAGUUCUUAGCUAUCACCA